GGCAGCGGCGGCGGCGGGUCCUGGCAGAGUCGGACGGGCGCUUCACGACGCGGAAAGCGAUCGCCGAGGGUCCCCGCCAGCAGGAUGAAGUUGAAGGAAGUAGAUCGUACAGCCAUGCAGGCAUGGAGUCCUGCCCAGAAUCAUCCCAUUUACCUGGCUACCGGAACAUCUGCUCAGCAAUUGGAUGCAACAUUCAGUACCAGUGCUUCCCUUGAGAUCUUUGAUUUAGACCUGUCCGAUCCAUCCUUGGAUAUGAAAUCUUGUGCCACGUACUCAUCUGCUCACAGAUACCACAAGUUGAUUUGGGGGCCUCAUAAGAUGGAUUCCAAAGGAAAUGUUUCUGGAGUAUUAAUUGCAAGUGGUGAAAAUGGAAAUAUUAUUCUUUAUGAUCCAUCCAAAAUUAUAGCUGGCGACAAGGAAGUUGUGAUUGCCCAGAAUGACACACAUACAGGUCCAGUAAGAGCCUUGGAUGUGAAUAUUUUCCAGACAAAUCUGGUAGCCUCUGGUGCUAAUGAAUCUGAAAUCUAUAUUUGGGAUCUAAACAAUUUUGCAACUCCAAUGACACCAGGAGCCAAAACACAGCCCCCAGAAGAUAUCAGCUGUAUUGCAUGGAACAGACAAGUUCAGCAUAUUUUAGCAUCAGCGAGUCCCAGUGGCCGGGCUACUGUGUGGGACCUUAGGAAAAAUGAACCUAUCAUCAAAGUCAGUGAUCAUAGUAAUAGGAUGCAUUGCUCUGGCUUGGCCUGGCAUCCUGAUGUUGCAACUCAGAUGGUCCUUGCUUCUGAGGAUGAUAGGUUACCAGUGGUUCAAAUGUGGGACCUUCGCUUCGCCUCUUCUCCACUCCGUGUCUUGGAAAACCAUGCCAGGGGGAUUUUGGCGAUUGCUUGGAGUAUGGCAGACCCCGAAUUGUUACUAAGCUGUGGAAAAGAUGCAAAGAUUCUCUGCUCUAACCCAAAUACAGGAGAGGUGUUAUAUGAACUUCCCACCAACACACAGUGGUGCUUUGAUAUACAGUGGUGUCCCAGAAAUCCUGCUGUCUUAUCAGCUGCUUCUUUUGAUGGACGAAUCAGUGUUUAUUCUAUCAUGGGAGGGAGCACUGAUGGCUUAAGACAGAAACAAGUUGAUAAGCUUUCAUCAUCUUUUGGGAAUCUUGAUCCCUUUGGCACAGGACAGCCUCUUCCUCCAUUACAAAUUCCACAGCAGACAACAGCUCACAGCAUAGUUCUCCCUCUGAAGAAACCACCCAAGUGGAUCCGAAGACCUGUUGGUGCUUCCUUUUCAUUUGGAGGCAAACUGGUUACCUUUGAGAAUGUGAAGCCUCAGGCCCAACAGGGCACUGAGCAGCAGCCGCAGCUUGUGUUCAUUAGCCAGGUGGUGACCGAAAAGGAGUUCCUCAGUAGAUCUGACCAGCUCCAGCAGGCCGUGCAGUCCCAGGGGUUUGUCGCCUACUGUCAGAAGAAAAUCGAUGCUUCCCAGACUGAAUUUGAAAAGAAUGUAUGGUCCUUUUUGAAGGUAAAUUUCGAGGAUGAUUCUCGUGGAAAAUACCUUGAACUUCUGGGUUACAGAAAAGAAGAUCUAGGAAAGAAGAUUGCUUUGGCUUUGAACAAAAUGGAUGGACCUGGAUUGAUUCUUAAAGACUCUGACGCAGUAGCACAGAGUGAUGGGGAGGAGAACCUUGCUCCUGGAGAGCAGCUCUUGGGAGAGCAUACUAAAGAGGAAAGAGAAGAAUGUGAAUUCCUACCAUCAGCUGGAGGAACAUUUAACAUCUCUGUCAGUGGGGAUAUUGAUGGUUUAAUUACUCAAGCUUUGCUGACGGGUAAUUUUGAAAGUGCUGUUGACCUUUGCUUACAUGAUAAUCGCAUGGCUGAUGCGAUUAUAUUGGCUAUAGCAGGUGGACAAGAACUCUUGGCUCGAACUCAGAAAAAAUACUUUGCAAAAUCCCAAAGUAAAAUUACCAGGCUAAUCACUGCAGUGGUCAUGAGGAAUUGGAAAGAGAUUGUUGAGUCAUGUGACCUUAAAAACUGGAGAGAAGCUUUAGCUGCAGUGUUGACUUAUGCUAAACCAGAUGAAUUCUCAGCCCUUUGUGAUCUUCUGGGAACCAGGCUUGAAAGGGAAGGUGAUGGUCUCCUGCAGACUCAGGCGUGCCUCUGCUACAUCUGUGCAGGGAAUGUAGAGAAACUAGUUGCUUGUUGGAAUAAAGCUCAAGAUGGAAGCAAUCCUUUAUCCCUUCAGGAUCUGAUUGAGAAAGUUGUGAUUCUUCGAAAAGCUGUACAACUCACCCAAGCCAUGGACACAAACACUAUUGGUGUCCUUUUGGCCGAGAAGAUGAGUCAGUAUGCCAAUUUGUUGGCAGCCCAGGGUAAUAUUGCUGCAGCCUUGGCUUUUCUGCCUGAAAACACAAACCAGCCAAAUAUUGUGCAACUUCGUGACAGACUUUGUAGAGCACAAGGAGAGCCUGUACCAAGACAGGAAACAACCAAACUGCCUUAUGAGAGGCAGCAGUUGCCCAAGAGCAGACCUGGACCAGUUGCUGGCCAUACACAGAUGUCAAGAGUUUCAACUCAACAAUAUUAUCCCCAUGGAGAAAACCCUCCCCCUCCUGGCUUCAUAAUGCAUGGAAACAUCACUCCUAGUGCUGCGACACCUCAGCCGCCUGCCUCUUCAGGACAUAUGCACAGCCAGGUCCCACCUUACCCACAGCCACAGCCUUAUCAGCCAGCACAGCAGUAUUCCUUCGGAACAGGGGGUUCAGCCGUGUUUCGACCUCAGCAGCCUGUAGCUCCUCCUGCUUCAAACGCUUACCCUAACACCCCUUACGUCUCUUCCACUUCUUCCUAUUCUGGCCAGUCUCCUCUUUACACAGCACAGCACCAGGCUUCUCCGCCUACCUCCAGCCCUACUGUUAACUUCCCCCCACCCCCUCCCUCUGGAGCGUCCUUCCAGCAUGGCGGGCCUGGAGCUCCUCCAUCAUCUGCGGCUUUUGCACUGCCUUCUGGAACAACAGGUACACUGCCUGGUGCCAGUGAACUGCCUGCGUCCCAAAGAACAGGUCCUCAGAAUGGUUGGAACGAUCCUCCUGCUUUGAACAGAGUACCCAAGAAAAAGAAGAUGCCCGAAAACUUUAUGCCUCCUGUUCCCAUCACAUCGCCUAUCAUGAAUCCCAUGGGUGAUCCUCAGUCACAGAUGCUGCCGCAACAACCUUCUGCUCCAGCACCACUGGCGGGCCAAGCUUCAUUCCCACAACCACACCACCCGGGUGGGCAGCCCUUCCACGGCAUUCAGCAGCCCUUGGGUCAACCAGGCAUGCCACUGUCUUUCUCAAAGCCCAAUAUCGAAGGCGCUCCAGGGGCUCCUAUUGGAAAUACCGCCCAGCAUAUGCAAGCUUUACCAACAGAAAAAAUUACCAAGAAACCUAUUCCAGAUGAGCAUCUUAUCCUUAAAACCACAUUUGAGGACCUGAUUCAGCGCUGCCUCACAUCUGCCACAGAUCCUCAAACUAGAAGGAAGCUGGAUGAUGCCAAUAAACGUUUGGAGCUUCUAUAUGAUAAACUUAGGGAACAAACACUUUCACCAACUAUCAUCAAUGGUUUACAUAGCAUUGCAAGGACCAUUGAGACUCGUAACUACUCAGAAGGCUUGACCAUCCACACCCAUGUCGUUAGCACCAGCAACUUCAGCGAGACCUCUGCCUUCAUGCCAGUUCUCAAAGUGGUUCUCACCCAAGCCAAUAAGCUUGGUGUCUAAAAGAACAGCUUCACUCUCAGCUAACAUUGCCAUUUUUCCAAAGAAACAUGUUUUUAAAAAUGGUAAGCUACGGACCAACCCUUCCUUAGCAUGUCUUCAUCACAGUCAGGCAAGAGUGCUGACACUGUUUCUGCAGAUAUAUUCACUUUAGAACUGUGCAAAGCCCAGGUGCUUCCUUCGUUCUAAUCUUUCAUUGCCCAUGAUGAUUUUUCUAUUCUGCAAAUAGUUUCCUGGAUUACACCUAGGAUGGUUUCUUGAAAUAUUCCAAUGAAAUGUGGUUCUUUAAAAUCUCAGUGUACUUUUUGGAAAAGAAGCAUCCAGUUAUGCAUCAAUCAGAGCUAAGUUUCUUUUUUGGCUUUCUCACUUCUCCAUGUCAAUCAGAUUAAAGUGUGUAAUCCUAA